CCUUUCUUUGAUAUUUCAAUGUCUAUGUGAUCAGACUCUUGAAUUGAUAAAGAAUAAAUCCAGUUUAAAAUAGACAGCUGCUCAAACAACUGUAGAUAGCGGCAAAAAUGAUAUUGGUUACCCUAAUUGUUGUUGGGCUUAUCACAUUGCUGAUGUACCUGUACAACUUAUACAGCUAUUGGCAGAGACAUGGUGUGCCACAGGAAACUCCCUUGCCCAUAUUGGGUAACAUGAAGGGUGUUGGUACUUCAAAACAUUUUCGUGAAAUUAUUCGAAGGCUUUACACAAAAUUUAAGGGUAAAGCUCCCAUAGGAGGCUGUUAUGUCUUUGUAAACAAGGCGGCCAUAGUACUGGAUUUGGAGUUGGUAAAACAUAUACUGAUCAAGGAUUUUUCAAACUUUCAUGAUCGUGGAGUUUUCAAUAAUGUACGCGAUGAUCCUCUCACUGGACAUCUGUUCACGCUAGAGGGUGAACAAUGGCGUGCCAUGAGAAAUAAAUUGACUCCGGUCUUUACCUCGGCCAAAAUGAAGUAUAUGUUUCCAACAGUGGUCAAAGUGGGACAACAUCUGGGUGAGGUGGUUGCUGACAUGUUAAAGAAAGCCCCUGAAGAUACGAUUUUGGAAAUUAAAGAUCUAUGUGCCCGUUUUACCACCGAUGUCAUUGGUACCUGUGCCUUUGGCAUUGACUGCUGCAGCCUCAAAGAUCCCAAUGCGGAAUUUCGUCGUAAAGGAAGAUCCAUAUUCACCGAGAUGAGACAUCAUCCUUUGGUGCAACAAUUCAUGUUCACCAAUCCUAAAGUGGCACGAAAAUUACGCAUGAAAUUCUUUACCGACAAAGUUUCCACAUUCUUUUUGAAAGUCAUACGCGAAACUGUGGAGUAUAGGGAGAAAAAUUCCAUAAAACGUAAUGACUUUUUGGAUUUGCUGAUUGAGUUGAAGGCAAAGGACCAAGAAUUGGCCAGAGAAUCGCAAGGCAUAGAUUUGUCUCAGGGUCUAACCAUUGAGCAAAUGGCAGCUCAGACUUUUGUAUUCUUUUUGGCUGGUUUUGAGACUUCCUCGACCACCAUGUCAUUUUGCCUGUACGAGUUGGCACGUCAUCCUCAGAUACAAGAGAAGCUGCGACAGGAGAUUUUGAAGAAUUUAAAGGAAAAUAAUAAUGAGGUGACCUAUGAGGGUCUACAUGGCAUGGAGUACUUAGAUCAAGUGGUUUCAGAAACGUUGCGCUAUUAUCCUGUUCUGCCUAGCCUUUUGCGCACCACCAAAUCUGAUUAUCGAAUACCCCAAACAUCUCUGAUUAUAGAGAAGGGUACCACCGUUGUUAUUCCCGUGGAUGCCAUACACCAUGAUCCCGAGUACUAUGAGCAACCAAAUGAAUUUAAGCCAGAAAGAUUUACAGCCAGUGAAAACGAAAAACGUCAUUCUUGUGCCUAUUUGCCCUUCGGUGAUGGUCCUCGCAACUGUAUAGGCAUGAGAUUUGGCAAAAUGCAAACUAAGAUUGGCCUUGUGGAGUUGUUGAGACACUUUCGCUUUGAGAGUUGUCAGCAAACGGAAAUUGUUAUGGAUAAUAAGAAUUUGCUGGUGACAACAGAAGGGGGCAUUAAAUUGAAAGUUACAGCGGUGUGAUAAAGACUCAUUUUAUGGUAAUCAACAUUCUUAACAACGUCAUCAAUAUUUUGUAUGUAGGGUUGCCCAAAAAGUAAUUGCGGAUUUUUUAAAAGAAAGUAAAUGCAUUUUUAAUAAAACUUAGAAUGAACUUUAAUCAAAGGCUUUAUAUAGAAAAUGUGGCCACUAGAUUUACAUCAUUUCAUUUUUUUUAAUUAAUUUUCUAAUAAAAUAAAUAUGUAUGUAUAUGCAGUUAAUUUUUGUACAUCCAAUUUAACUAAUUCUAGUAUUUUUCUAAACAAAUUGCUAUCUCCCUGACUGACCGGCUUGUAUUCCAAGAUUGCAUACAAAUAACAUAAACUUUCCACAAAAAAAUCAAACGCCCAUAAAAUAAGCAGCUAAAUGUAUACAUAUUCAUAACCUUGGACUUGUGUGUGCCGGAUUUUUUUUAAUUGAAUCUAAAGUCGGUUUGUUUACAAAAUAAACUGUUGUGAGAAAUGCGAGAGAGCAAGA